GGUAUUUUCCCUCUAAACCCUAAUUUCACUUCUCUACUUUCAGCUUUCAGCGUCCUUAGUAUUUCAAUUCUUCUUUUCCAUUCCUUCUUCUCCUUCCCUGCGACGUGAGAACCAGCUGCACGCCGCCCAGUAAAAACCUGAAAAGAUGGCUGAAGAGGAACCAAAGGCUCUCAACUAUGUUCCAGAGGUUAUAUUGAAGAAGAGGAAAAAUAGUGAAGCAUGGGCUUUAAGAAAAAAGGAGCAAUUCCAGAAAAAAGGUUUCCAAUUUAGGAAGUCCAAGGACUUUAUUAAAAAGCCUGAGGAUUUCAUUUUUGAAUAUCGCAACAGGGAGGUGGACCUUCUUAGAAUGAAACGCAGGCUCAAGGGCGUUAAGAGGAAACAGCCAGAACAAUCGACCCCAAACAAGCCCAUAAUAGUCAUUCGUAUACAGGGGAAACAAGACAUGCAUCCUACAACCAGAAAGCACUUACUGAGUUUGGGAUUGAGAAGAAUAUUCAGUGCUGUCUUAGUGAAGCCAACUGAUGGAGUAAUGGCCAAACUGCUGAGAGUGGAACCAUAUGUUACCUAUGGAUACCCAAAUCUUAAAAGCAUAAAGGAGCUAAUUUACAAGAAGGGGAAUGCGAAAAUAGAUAAGCGAAAAGUUCCUUUGACAGAUAAUAACAUUAUUGAGCAGGAAUUAGGACAGUUCGGUAUUGUAUGCAUAGAAGACAUGGUGCAUCAAAUUGAUAAUGUUGGUCCACACUUUAAGGAAGUUGUCAGAUUUAUGUGGCCCUUUGAACUCAACAAGCCAGCAGAAGGAUUGAAAGGAUCGAAAACCCGAUUCAAGGAUGGUGGAGAUGCAGGGAACCGUGAGGAUCUCAUCAACGAGCUCAUCAAUAAAAUGAAUUAAUUUAGGUCACAGACACAAUAUACCAAGUGAUCGGGGAUUUGAUGGUUUGUCACUAAAAAAAUAUAUAUCCGUUUAUUGUUAAAGUGAAUUUUGAUGGUUUCUUAAAUGAAUUUUGAUGGUUUGUCACUAAAAAGUAUUAUAAGCGUUUAUUGUUAAAGCUGAUUUGAAAUAUGUGGUAAGUCUUGUUUUCCAUUUUAUUUGGGUUCGUCUGCAGCAUGUGGCUUCACAAUGAGAUAAGUGAGAAAGAAUUGGUUGAAUGUAUAUGAAUGACGUGAAACAAUGAUCUAGUUGCUGCCUUUUCAAUAUCAAGAUCUGUGUUUAGUGCCUGAAA